AUGCUCCAUAUCAAAACACCUCCCUCUUCUCCAGAGCACCAUUCCCCACCCAUUACUCCAUCCGGAUCUAGCCCGUGUGCUAUUUGUAUUGACCCAGUGGAUGAGUCUUUGCAGGCUACUGACUUUUUUGCAGGUCCUUCUUCGCCACACCCAACCCCGAGCUCGCCUCCUGUUGAGUCUGCCACCAACCCUCACAUUACAGAUCUCACUCCCACUCCAGCAUUCCCGUUGGAUUCUCACCCUAUGCUCACACGAGCUAAAGCUGAUAUUUUUAAAUCUCUUCAUUCGGCAAAUAUUAGUAUUUUGGGAUCCUUUGGUCUUCUUUCUGCUUUGCUUGUAUCUAUUGAACCUAAAGGACUCAAAUCUGCUGCUAAAAAUCCUGAUUGGCUUAUGGCUAUGGAUGACGAAGUUCAUGCCUUGCAAAAUAACCACACCUGGAUUUUGGUUCCGCGACCCUCUAACACAAACAUUGUGGGUUCCAAAUGGGUGUUUCAGACCAAAUAUUUGUUUGAUAGAUCCGUUGAGCAUCUCAAAGCUCGCCUUGUUGCAAAAUGCUAUAUUCAGAGUACCUAG